UUAGCCAGGGUUAUCUUGUACAUAUAUAGUUAGCUUGGCUGUAGUGGUGCAUGCAUUGCAGGGAGCCUGAACGCCUUCUGAGAUGGACUGGUCUUUUCUGCUGGUCUUGUGUCUAGUGACACUGUCUAAUGUACAGCUGGGACAGUCUCAAUGUGAUGUUGUGAGGAUUGCUGCAGCUGUGCAUGAAGUUGUAGGACCAGCUUUG